AUGAUGGUGACGAUGGAUGCCACCUUCGAAUUGAUUAUCCCCACUCCUUCUGCUAGAAUUUUACAGCCUGCACUGGACAAAUUCUUGAGAUCACUUCUAAAAGAACAAGUGGAUAUACAAGCACUUGCACAUGCUUUUGAGCUUACAAGACAAGGGGCAGUUGACAGCUUAAAAUUUGCAAAGGGUGAUCUAUUCCAAGCAUUUCAGAAUGAAGUGUGUCAGAUGAGAUUAGACACCACCAUGCUUGAUGAACUUAUUCAUGAGUAUUGUGUGUAUAGGGGCAUUGUCGGUGCUCCAAACCCUUCAUGUGAAGGAAUGAAGAUAGGACAUGAACCAUCAGAAUCGGAAUCCACUUUAUCUGUUGAAGCCAGAAAUGGAUCCAAUAAGCUUGCUAAUGCUGACAUGGAUUCACCUGGCACUGAAGAAUGAUACCCAUGUGGCACAAUGAGCAACAACCAUGAAGACUGUAGUACAAGUGGCAACAAGUGAGCAACAACCAUGUUUUUUUAAUGCAUUUAGCUUAUGAACUUUUAGGUUAACUACAGGAUGUAAGGAGAAUUAAUCAACUUCCAAUCCCUAUUACAAUAUGGAAAUAAAGGAUGCGUAUCUUACUCCCUGGAUGCUUAGUUGUAAUUAAGUUGAAUGGAAAUGCCAUAUGUAGGUGGUUACAGUCAUGAAAUACACUAGUUCUAGUAAUGUUUUGUAAAGAAAAAAUGAGCAAGUUUCAAGAUAAUAGAACACAUUUAUUGGAAGCUAAUAUGAGGUUUGAUUGAUUGUAUUGGGUUUGGUUUAGUUAUUGUAAUUUUAUUAAAACAUUA